AUGGCUAGCGACAUUUCUGAAUUGAAGGAGACCUUGACUCCCGAUCUGCUUGAAGAAAUUCGCGAAUUCUGGUUCGAGCAUAUGGAAGAUGAGGACGCUCUGAUCCUCCCUGGUCAGAGUGACAUGCAGCGGUGGUUUACCCGCGACGAAACCUUUGAUAAGAUCUGCGUUGCACAAUUCCAGGCUGCCCUCGACACCAUCAUUGAAUCCGGUGCUUCCGCAGCGGAUAUCCUAGAUGCAAUCGAUACUUCAUCUCCUCUGAACUGGCUGAGUAUUAUCCUCCUUCUCGAUCAGGUCCCUCGAAACUGCCAUCGAGGAGACGAGUCAAAGCUUGUAUUCGGACGCUUUGACCCUCUCGCCGAAGAGGUUGCCAUGCGUGCAAUUGACGCCGGCAUCCCGACAAAAUCAUCAGAAGUGCGAUACCGUCUAGCCCGUCGAUUCUGGUUUCACAUGCCACUGAUGCACUCUGAAAAUCUUGCCGUGCACGAACAAGCCGUCAAGCAGCACGAGGAGACCGCCAAAGAUAUGGGCCGGUUUCUGCUCAAGGAUGUCUCUACUUUGACUGAGGAUGAGAGGAAAUGUUAUGGGAUUCUGUCGAAUAAACAGGAUGCCCUUAGCGCGUUACUAAGCAAUCUACUCGAUUUUGAGCAGAGGCAUAAGGUGAUUAUUGAGCAGUUUGGGCGGUAUCCUCACCGUAAUGCAGCAUUGGGCAGGGUGCCGACCGCGGAAGAGAUUCAGUAUUUGAAGAAUGGUGGGGAGACAUUUGGUUGA